CCCUUUAAAACAUUACGCAUAUCGGGGGCUGGCGUAUCUAUGCUGUCGUGAGGUAAUCUAUACAUUCUCGACACUAUUCACCUGGUACAUGUGGUAAUCGUUGAAAGCGCACAGUGCAAUUUGAGAAUACAAGAAAAUCAAUACGAGCGCGCACGAGUUGGUUUUAAACCGGGAAAUGUACAUGGAACAUCGCAGUCUUUUACCAAAGCUCAGUUGUUUGAAGAGCGUCUCGUGAAACAAUCUAAUACCAACCAAACUCAAAUCUGAACGACAAUGGAAUUUGUGUUCUCCUUAAGCCUGGAACCGUUGUGAUUUGCCUGGAUUUAAAAGCACAAGUUGCGGACAAAUUGGAUAAGACACCCCCAGGGAAGGGCACUGAACACUUGCACGAAAUUGCAGGUCGUGGAAUUAAACCUCUUUUUAUAAGAAUUGAAGGUUUGGACUGGUGUACAUGGGGGACCAGCAAGUGGAAUUCUGGGAUGUUUGCAAUGUCAGCGAAGGAACAGUAGAACUUGUAUUUCUACAGAUUGGUGCCAUAGGAGAGGUGUUUUUAACCAAACCAAGCUGCUGGGAGGUCAAGGGGUGACAUGCCUCUGUAACACAUUGUUGGAAACAAAUGAUUGGUUGCCAUGCCUCCGGGGAUGGUGCGACGUGGUUUCUCAGUCCCGGUGGCAGUCCCAGCCCCAGUACUGUUGCUGCUGCUAGCUGCCGGGUGGCCCUCCUAUGGCCUGGCCUGGGCCUCCUCCCCCUACCCCACCUUUACCCGCAACGACACCCUCUUUGAGCACAUGACACUGCACCCGGACCCUGCGGUGGGACGUGUCUACGUGGGGGCGCAGAACCGCCUCUUCCAGCUGGACCGCCACCUGACUGCCGAACUCCAGUUCGACACCGGACCCGUGACGGACAGCCGUGAGUGCCUGCCACCCGUCACCGAGGGCAACUGCCCACAGGCGCGGCCCACCAGCAACCACAACAAGCUCCUGCUGGUGGACCCCUACUCYAUGGAACUGAUCACAUGUGGCAGCGUCAACCAGGGCAUCUGCCAGAAGCGGAGUUUAGACUCGGUGGAUACAGUGCUGUUCUCAGCCGAGCGGCCUGUGGACACGCAGUACGUGGCAGCCAACCACCCCAACGUGAGCACGGUGGGCCUGGUGGUGCGCUCCCGCCCUGACCGCCAGCCYGUGCUCUUUGUGGGCCGCGGCUACACCAGCAGCCACCCACCUAUCUCCACGCGCAACCUAGCCCAGGAGCCCGUCUUUUCCUACGAAGAAACUGCAAAGCUAUCGGUGGCGGGCCGCCUCUCAGAGUACGACCACCACUUCGUGGCCUCCUUUGCCCAGCGCCAGCAUGUCUACUUCCUCUUCUACCGGCGUGACCUCAAGUCCCAGUCUCGCGAGUACCGCACCUAUGUGUCGCGCGUCUGCCUGGAUGACCAGGCCUACUACUCGUAUGUGGAAGUUCCUCUGGCCUGUCGCUCGGCGGCCGGUAAGAGCUACAACCUGCUCCAGGCUGUCCGCCUUGGUCUACCACCCAGGGUGAGUGGGGGCGAAGCUGGGCAAGCCGAGGUGCUCCUGGGGGUGUUCUCUACCCAUCAGACCUCGUCCACACGGCCCAGUGAGGACUCGGCUCUCUGCAUGUUUAACCUGGACGAUCUGGACCAGAGGAUCAACUCCACCAGGGACCUGUGCUACACGCAGUUCGGCCGUGCCRAGGGAGGGGGGGAGGCGGCCUACAUCGAGUACGAAGUCAAAUCCAACUGCGCCAACCUGCCGUCGAACACCCUGGAUGCCUACCCAUGUGGUUCAGACCACACCCCCAGUCCAAUGGCCAGCCGGGUGGCUGUGGAAGCCGAGCCCAUAUUGGACAGCCCGUCCGCCCGUCUCACUGCCGUGGCCGUCAGCGUGAGGGCGGGACAUACAAUCGCCUUCCUGGGGGAUUCAAAGGGAAACCUGCGCAAGCGCUCCGUCGUCUCCAUCGGCGGCAAAUGCUGCAUCAGCUCUGACCUGCUCCUGGAUCAGUGCUGAGGAGCACGCCUUUUCAUCAUGACGUCAGCACUGAUGCUCCAGAAGAGGCCAGUGGCUGAGUGCCACGAACACCUGGACUGCCAAGCCUGUCUGUCUGCCCACGACCCCUACUGUGGAUGGUGUGUCCUGGAGGGGAGGUGUGGCCAGCAGGCUCAGUGUUCACGCGGGGCCCAGGCAGGCCAGUGGCUGUGGAGCUUCGACAUGGAGCAGAAGUGUCUCACCAUCCAGUCCCUCAGCCCCUCCAACAUCAGCCGGCAGGAGAAGAGAAGUAUCUCUCUAUCAGUCCUGGGCCUGGCCGUCCUAGAAGAGGACAAGUCGUACUGCUGUUUCUUUCACGACUCUGAGAGUCCUGCCACAGUCACAGACAUGGGGGUCACCUGCCUCUCCCCUGACCCCCACAGGGUGCUGACUGGGCCCCCUGGACAAGGUGAGUUCCAAGGGGGCCAGAUGGGUACAAGGCAUGGAACCUGCUUCUCUAUACUGUUUAUACACACGCACGCACAAGCGCACACUUGCCGUGGUUGUGUGUUGAGUCGCUGGGGCUGCAACUGGUGUGUGCACCAGCACACCUGUACCCACAAGCCCACCUGUGACGAGGGGGUUAUCAUCUAUAACGAACACUUCAAACUCCCCACCCCGGCUCCUCCCACAACCAAAGCCGUUACUAUAACAACGACUUCCCCGUCCACAACAGUUUGCCCAACAACCGUACCCCUGACAACAACAACCCCAACCCCAACAACUACAAUAACAGCACCCCCUACAACUACCACAACAACUAUCGCCACGACUACAUCAAUCAAAGCCCCUACCACCAUAGCUACCGCCCAGGAGCCUACGACAACAACCCUGUCUACAACCACCACACCGGAGCCGACUACACCGCCCAACCCUUCUAUGCCGACCGAGGCCACCACUACUGCUAUGCUGACCGAGGCCCCCACCAUUCUUCCCCCUACAACGUUAGCCGAAGCUACAACGUCUAUACCUGAGACCACCACUAGUGAGGAAGAGGAGCAAACAACCACAGAAGAGCUCGUUGCAGAGGCUGAAAGUGAAACUGUAGGCCCUGUGGUUACCCCUGGCAACGUGGAGCUUGCCGCGAAAAUUGAUGUGGCGACGGUUGCGACCGAAGACGGGCAGUCAUCCGAUGAUCUCGCCACUCUAAUCCCCCUGGCGUUCCCGCCCGAGACAUCCCCAUUGGAAGUGGUUACUGCACCCCCCCCCCAGGAACUGGACAAGGCUCUGAGUCUGGCGGAGCCCCCCAUGGAGGUCCAGCCCACACCCGUCAGCUACCCUCUCCCAGCCCCCUUCCCCCUGGGGGAACCGGUCGACUCAGAUCUCACCUUCCACCUGGACCUGACAGAGGCCCCCUCCCCACUCCCGCUAGACCACCUCCACCCCACCGACGCCGAGGGCCAGGGUGCCGAGCCGGAAGUGCUUCUCUGGCCCAGGGAGGAAGUGGAGGAGGAAGUGGAGGACACGGCGGUAGAGAACGACACAUCCACCACGUUUUCGGCCGCCAGCGUGCUGUCAGGGGACGGAGAGGCCACUGACCACUUCCUUUCGGGCUCGGCCUACCCCCAGCUCCUGGACGCCGACUCAGAGCUGGACUACCAGUAUGACUCAUCCGACACCUUCCUGCCGGGGGACGAGGGCUCCUAUGUGAGUUGGGGCUCGUCUGCUUGCCCCUGUGUGGAGAAGGUCCAGGGUUCUCAUCUGUUACCAGUCAGAAUGGCGAGGAAGAUCACACUACUCGCCAGAAACCUCCACCUGUACCAGGACACAGACCUGGACUACGAGUGUGUGUUGGUGAUCGAGGGGCAGACGGUGGUGGUAGACGCCUAUGUGGAAAUGGAUGAGRUUAACCCGUCUCUCUUUGACAUCACCUGUCAGCUGCACCAGUAUUCCUACUCUGCUCCAGUGGAUGAGUACAACGCCAUGGUGUACGUAAAGAGGCGGGACACGUUCCACGUGGACAGCUCUCAUGACAUUGAGCCCCUGUCUGGACUGGUGGAGGGGGGAACUGUGCUGACCAUCUCAGGGUCUAACCUUGGCCAGAAGGCUGAGGACAUCCUGCACUCUGUCACUGUGGCCGGGGUUUCCUGCUCUGUCAUCCCCCACCUCUACGAGGUCUCCUCCAGGAUUGUGUGUAAGACCAAAGCCAGCGGGGGAGAGAAGACGGGCCAAGUGUCAGUAGAAGUGAGCGGGGGAGAGUUUGGCCUCUCCAGCCAGAGGUUCAGCUACCAGGAUCCGUUUGUGAUGGAGGUGGCCCCCCAGAGGGGUCCCAAGGCGGGGGGCACGUCCCUGACCAUCACUGGGAGGAACCUGCUCACGGGACGCCCCUCUGACAUCACUGUCACUGUGGGAGGAGUGCAAUGUGUCAUUAAUAUAUAUAGAGACAUCGAGCCCCUGUCAGGUCUGGUGGAGGGGGGCACGGUGGUGACCAUCUCAGGGUCCAACCUGGGCCAGAAGGCUGAGGACAUUCUCCACUCUGUCAGUGUGGCCGGGGUGUCUUGCUCUGUCAUCCCCCACCUCUACGAGGUCUCCUCCAGGAUCGUGUGUAAGACUGAAGCCAGCGGGGGAGAGAAGAUGGGCCAGGUGUCAGUAGAAGUGAGCGGGGGAGAGUUUGGCCUCUCCAGCCAGAGGUUCAGUUACCAGGACCCCUUUGUGAUGGAGGUGUCCCCCCAGAGGGGUCCCAUGGCGGGGGGAUCAUCCCUUACCAUCACUGGGAGGAACCUGCUCACGGGACGCCCCUCUGACAUCACUGUCACUGUGGGAGGAGUGCCCUGUGUCAUUUCGUCGGAGGUCCAGGAGGGCAGUGUGGUGUGUGUGACGGGCAGCAGCAACAGGACGGGCGAUCACCGCGUGACGCUUCACUAUGGCAACAGCCAGCGCCACCUUCACGAGUCGGCCUACCGCUUCACCCCCAACCCCAACAUCACCCAGGCCGCGCCCGCCAAGAGCUUCCUCAGCGGUGGCCGUCUGAUCUUCGUGUCGGGUCACAACCUGGAUGUGGUACAGCAACCUAACAUGUUGGUCACUGUGUUCCCCUGGGAGUCCAUCCCCCAGAGGAGAAGGAGGAGGAGGAGUGGAGGAGAAAGGGAGCAUGAGACGGAGGACAAGGUGCUGUGGAGGCAUCGCAGGAUCGUACCGGAGCCCAACUGCCCUGGGGACCCAGUCUGCUCAAUCAUACAGUACAUUGAGCGUUGCGAGGUCAACUCGUCCAGUCUGAUCCUGUGCCGGAGCCCGGCAGUGGAGCCCUCUGUGUGGGGCUCGCAGGUGGACGUGGCCUUCCUCCUGGACAACCUGCGCUUCCCGUUUGGUACCGUCAGCCCCCAGGGGGCCUUCAGCUACGAGCCUAACCCCGUGCUGCACCCGCUCAACCAGCAGGAGCCCCUCAAGCCCUACCGCUACAACCCAGGAAGCUUUAUUCAGCUGGAGGGUGAGAACUUGGACCUGGCCAUCUCUAAAGAGGAGGUGGUGGUGUUGGUGGGGGAGGGGGUGUGUGCUGUGAAGACCCUGACCAGGAACCACCUGUACUGCGAGCCCCCACCCCAGCAGCCCUUCCCGGGACCCCCCAACAGUGGAAGGAAACGCGAGGGUGCCGACACGCUUCCCGAGUUCACCGUCCACAUGGGCAACCUGAACUUCUCCCUGGGUACGGUGCAGUACGACAUCCUCAGCCUGUCCACCUUCCCCCUGGAGGCCCAGGUAGGGGUGGGCAUGGGGGCCUCCAUCCUAGCCCUCAUCGUCCUCAUCAUAGUGCUCAUCUACAGGAGGAAGAGUAAACAGGCUCUGAGGGACUACAAGAAGGUUCAGAUCCAACUGGAGAACCUGGAGACCAGUGUGAGAGACCGCUGCAAGAAGGAGUUCACAGACCUGAUGACGGAGAUGAUGGACAUGUCCAGUGACCUGGUGGGCUCGGGCAUCCCCUUCCUGGACUACCGGCGCUAUGCCGAGCGGAUCUUCUUCCCGGGCCACCGCGAGUCGCCCCUGCGGAGGGAUCUGGACGUGCAGGAGAGUCGGCGGGCCACAGUGGAGCAGGGCCUGGUGCAGCUUUCUAACCUGCUCAACAGCAAACUCUUCCUCACCAAGUUCAUCCAUACCCUAGAGAGCCAGCGGACGUUCUCGCCAAGGGACCGGGCCUACGUGGCCUCUCUCCUGACUGUGGCGCUGCAUGGUAAACUGGAGUACUUCACAGACAUCCUCAAGACCCUGCUCAAUGACCUGGUGGAGCAGUACGUGGUCAAGAACCCUAAACUCAUGCUGCGGAGAACGGAGACAGUGGUGGAGAAGCUGCUGACCAACUGGAUGUCCAUCAGCCUCUAUGCUUUCCUCAGGGACUCUGCAGGCGAGUCUCUCUACAUGUUGUUCAGGGCUAUCAAGCACCAGGUGGACAAGGGGCCGGUGGACGCGGUGACUGGCAAGGCCAAAUACACGCUCAACGACAACCGUCUCCUCCGAGAGGAUGUUGAGUACAAGACCCUGACCCUGAACGUGUUGAUGCAGGGCGAGGGGGUGAAUGAGACGCAGCCGCUUCCCUCCAAGGUGCUGGAUAUAGACACCAUCACCCAGGUGAAGGAGAAACUCCUGGACCAGGUCUACAAGGGCACCGCCUUCUCCCACCGGCCACACACAGACUCUCUGGACCUGGAGUGGAGGUCUGGUGUAGCAGGUCAUCUGAUCCUGUCUGAUGAAGACCUGACAUCUGUUGUCCAGGGCAACUGGAAGCGCCUCAAUACACUACAACACUACAAGGUUGCAGAUGGCGCGACAGUGGCUUUGGUCCCGCGCCACAGCAAACACAUCCACCACGACAACCACGACUACGUGGCAGGUGAAAAGACUCCCAUGCUGGAGGAUGCAGACGAGGGCGGGGUGAGGCUGUGGCACCUGGUCAAAGCCGGCGAAGAGCCUGAGCUACCCAAGCACCGCCGCGGCAGCGUGAGGGAGAGGGCCAAGGCAAUACCAGAGAUCUACCUCACACGUCUGCUCUCCAUGAAGGGCACUCUGCAGAAGUUUGUGGACGACCUGUUCACGGUGAUCCUGUCAACCAGUCGUCCCGUUCCGCUGGCCGUCAAGUACUUMUUUGACCUGCUGGACGACCAGGCGCAGCACCACGCCAUCACCGACCCUGAGACCAUCCACAUCUGGAAGACCAACAGUUUGCCCCUGAGGUUCUGGAUCAACAUUGUAAAGAACCCCCAGUUUAUCUUUGACGUCCAGCCCUCGGACCACGUGGACGCCGUGCUAACGGUCAUCUCCCAGACCUUCAUGGACUCUUGCACCACCUCAGAGCAUAAACUGGGCAGGGAUUCACCAAUAAACAAACUGCUUUAUGCCAGAGAUAUCCCCCGUUACAAGCAGAUGGUGGAAAGGUACUACGCUGACAUCAGACAGACCAUCUCUGCCAGUGACCAGGAGAUGAACUCCGCACUAGCAGAACUAUCCAGGAAUUACUCAGGCGAGUUGAAUUACCUUGUUGCCCUGCACGAGUUGUACAAGUACAUCAACAAGUACUAUGACCAGAUCAUCGGGGCCCUAGAAGAGGACAGCACGGCCCAAAAGAUGCAGCUGGGCUACCGGCUCCAGCAGAUCGCUGCAGCCGUAGAGAACAAAGUCACUGACUUGUGACAGUGAAACCACUGACCAAGACCACGCCGGCAGAGGGGACCACAUUAAGAGACCCACAGGAGUGGGGGAGGGAAACUCAAGAGGGGGUGGGUUCGGAGGAUGGACAGACCGGACCAAUAGACAGAUUAACACAAUCCCCCUCCUGUCAGAAGAGGGGAAGUAGGGUUCUAGGGGUAAGGACCCCAAACACCCCACCCCUUUUCCACAUUAAGGAGCAAUGAGUGACUGUUCACACACAACAGUCACCCAGGGGUUUGAAAAGGGGAUGUGGUGUAUUGGGCUGCUGAACACAUGAAACUCUCUAGAGGUGGUGGUAGACUCUCCACUGUGGACAAGACAGGAGGGAAAGGUAAAGGGAGACACAAACACAAACAGACGAGGAGCCUUUGUUUGUAUGUCCCACCCGUUCACCCUUCAGCCCUGAGUUGGACCACGUUGUGGCAUCUGCCUCUCUUGUAGAACUCUCUGUGGAACUAGAAGAAGGGGCUUGGGAGAUCCGGACGUGACAUGAUGUGUCAAUGGAAACGUGCUGAAGUCUCAUAUGAAUGAAUGAAAGGAAAUCUUAUGUCUAUCAAAAUGCUGGUUGUAGCUAGAUGGAGAGCAAGUGUGAGCGAGAGUUGGAAGGGACCAUUCUGGUUCCCCCCCCCAAUUCAAGACACAACAUCCCUUUCCACAUGAAAUGUGGAGUGAAAAGUUUUAUUAGCAUUUAAUAAACAUUCUCUAGAUAUUAUAUUGUCACCAAUUAAUGCAGUUGCAUACAGUACCUUUCCUAGGGGCUUGAGUCUUAUAAGUUAUCGGCACUCUCUACCUCCUUUUACUUACCUGAAAACUCAAGUUACCCUCUUAUUUCUUUAACCCUGAAGCUUUUUCUUGUGUUUUGCGGUUUGUCUGCUAGGUUAAACCAGAUUGCUCUCUCCCUCUGUCAAAACAGUAGCUUUGUUCCAUAUCCGUCCAAAUCAUAAGUACACGUAGUAUCUUUCGGAGUAGUGGACAGUUGAGACACACACASACACASACACAGACACASACACASACACASACACACACACACACACACAGUUCACUCUAGCAUGACACUCUUGAGACGACUUCUCCUUUUUAAUGUUUUUUAAAAAUGUGUAAUUAUUGCCAUUGCGCUUUUUCAGGUAGCUCCCGAGUCCAUACAAAUCUGUGUUCCUCUUUAUGGUAUUGAAUGGGAGGAAGAUGUUAAUAUCAGAGUUGAAAUGAACAGCUCUCGGAAAGAGGCUACAGCUCGCUCUCUGCAGGACUAAAGAAAGAAUGAUACUGAAAGCAAAGAAGCAGUCUUUUCAAAAGGUACUGGAAAUAGGUGACCGUGUGAAUGUUUUGAUGUUUUUAAAGGGUAACAGUCACUGGAGGGACACUAGAUCAGAGAUUAAACAAACAAAUCUCAACUGUAGAAUUGUAUAUAUUUAAAACAUGUGUCCCACAGUAUUUUAUGGUGUACGUUCAUACAGCUUUCCGUGUUGUACAUUUUUAACAUUCCUUUUUUUUUCAACCAAGAAAAGUCUAUUGAAUCAUGUUCUCAGUUUGUGCUGUUGUGAGGUAGCCUAUUUAUCUGACAAUUGGCAACUGCACCGUUGAUAUGUGUAUUGCAGUUCUUCUAUUGAACACAAGAUGGCGACAGCUCCUACGUUUGUUGAACACUGCUGUAUUAACUGUCCAUUAAGUUUCACAGAAGAUACUUUGACCUAGUCACAUUUUGCAACGUUUGAUUAAGUAUUAGAAUUAUAACUACAUUGCCAUUUCUGAACUUUACCGAAACUCGUUUUCUUAUGAUUUACCCAUGGGUUGUGUUAUUCAUAAUUUGCUCACCUCUGCAUUCUCUAUUAUACUAUAGCGUAAUUUUCUAACAAUGCCUGCGUAUCCCAAAUGGCACCCUAGUCCCUAUAUAUAGUGCACUACUUUUGACUAGAGCCUUAUGUAGGAAAUAGGGUGCCAUUUGGGACGGUACCCUAGACUAAUCAUUCUAUCCCACAGAGCUUGAUGGUUUGAAGUUGUGAUUAGAUAUUUUGGUAAAGCUAUGUACCAAGAACGUUAUCACACGAAUUGGAGGUGUUGCAUGUAUGUUAACGACACAUAACUGAUGUUAGACUUAUGGAUGAAGACAUUUGACACUACCCAUGUGGUAGGCUAUAUCUUUAUAUGCGGGUGCACUGUUGGCUUUCUAGUGAGUAGUGACCAAUAAGAGGCUGACAAUGAGUCAGCAGAUUGGUCAUUUAACUGUAAAACCCAAUCAAAUUAUCAGUUUUGUCCUCCUAUUUUGAUGAGAUGAAAGUGUAUGUAGUUUAUGCGUUGCAUGCUAUUGUGUGGGUUCUCCAGUUUGAUGCAUUUUCCUGUUCACCGCCAUUGUCCCUAGAUUGCACAGCAUAAACGAGUCAUAGUAGCUUAUUGGUUAUCACACUAUUUUUCAAUGGACAAUUUGUAUUGUCAUAUGCUUUCAAUGCAGACUAGUAUUUUGUAUGAAGCCUAAUAAUGGUGAAGAGAGCAGGUGAUGGUCAUUUGAAGGAAAACUAUUGUUAGGCUGUAUAAAUUCAGCUAUGUAGAGCAGGCUCUGCAAGGAGCACUUUUUAAGGUUGAUUUUUAUUUUGUCUGUUAAUAUAGUUGUACAUAAUGAUUGAAUAAUAUAACUUGUAGCGACUUAACCUGCUGUUUAUUUAGUGUAAAUUCCUACAUAUGUUGAGGUAAUAAAGUAUUUGUAAAAUCA